AUGUCAGAUCAAAGUUCGCGUCCGCCACGCAAACUCGUCCAAAUGUCAGGUGCACCAGGCUCCGGUAAAAGCGCGAUAGCACGCCUACUAGCCCACUCCAUCGACGGCGUGGUCAUCAACCACGACCUCAUCAAAGCCUUCUUCCUCGACACCGGUAUCCCUUUUGAUCAGUCAGCAAAACUCACCUAUCGCCUCGAUUGGGUUCUCGCCGAGGAUAUGAUCAAACAAGAGCGGAGCGUCAUCAUUGACAGCGUCUGCAACUACCCCGAGGUUAUAGAUCGGGGAACCGCUCUGGCUCAAAAGUACCGGUACGACUAUAAGUACGUCGAGUGCAGAAUCACGGAUUUGGAUUUACUGGAUCAAAGGAUGCGUAGCAGGGAGUCGCUGAGGAGUCAAAGGACGGGUGUGGAUCGUCCCCCGCCAGAUGCCAUGGCAAGUAGUGCCAGCCACAGUAUAGACGAGCUUUUCAAGAAGUGGAUCGAAAAUCCAUGCCGUCCAGUUGGAGAUUGUGCUAUCAUCGUGGAUUCUACCCGCAGCCCGGAGGAGUGUCUAGACACCAUACUGAAGCAGAUGACCCCUCCCACAGAUGUGUGA